AUGGCGCACCCACGAGCCUAUUUUUCCCUGCCCGUACGACCAUUCCUUUCACGCCAAGCACGUUGCAGUCGUAUAUUCCUGCAAUCCCCCAAAAAAGCAUGCAUUGCACGAUAUCGCUUGCAAAGCACCAAGACGGUUAUCGCAGAUACUCCGCCCAAUGAAGAUGCUGUGCCCGACGAGCCAUCACCAGACCUGUCGCAUCUGAACCCCUCUCCGGAGGAUUACUCGCGUUUUAUUUUUCAGGACAAAUGUCGGGUGACGAUGCAUGCUGGAGCUGGUGGUCAUGGGUGUGUCGCGUAUCUUCGUGAGAAAUAUGUCGAAGAGGGACCGCCCAAUGGCGGUGAUGGUGGUAGCGGAGGGGGUAUCUACAUUCAGACAGUCGAGGGUCUGACCAGUCUUCACAAGUUGGCUCGCCGAGGUGUUCUUAGAGCCAGCCGAGGCAGAAAUGGACAAGGAAAAAGCAAGGGUGGAAAGCGAGGUGACGACAUCCUCAUUCAAGUUCCCGUUGGUACUGUGGUUCGAGAAAUCAGUCGCCAUGACCCAGUCGAGGACGCAUGGGCGCGCAUCAGAGAGGAAGAAGAGUCGGAACAGAUCUCCAAAGAGGAGCAGAAAAUGUUCGGAAAUCCAGAUGAGCUUGAGGAUUCAGAAGAUUUAGAAACUGGUCUGCGAGAAACAGAAGAACCGGAGUUCAACUCCAUUCGGCACGAUCGCUGGGUGCUUCACCCGUCCGCGAAACCAUCGGACUUCCUCAUGGUGGAGUUCCCGAAGUCAUAUCCUCGGAGACAGAAUAUAGCGGCGAUGGAACCCAAGGCACCGAUCUGGCUGGACCUCUCGAAGCCUAUGGAUAAGCCUUUGCUUCUGGCUGCUGGUGGUGCCGGUGGACAGGGUAACCCACACUUUUCUACGCGCACGAUGGGAAGACCAAAGUUCGCAUCUCGUGGUGAAGGUGGAAUGACGUUGGAGCUCGACUUCGAGCUCAAGCUGCUUGCAGAUGUUGGACUGGUUGGAAAGCCCAACGCUGGUAAGAGCACACUGCUCCGCUCUUUGACCAACAGUCGGACGCGUAUUGGAAACUGGGAGUUCACUACACUGUCUCCCCAUAUCGGAACAGUCAUUACCGACGAUAUGAAGGGUCGUCCACUUGUCGCGUCAAAGGAGCGUCGAACCCACUUUACAAUUGCCGAUAUUCCCGGCUUAGUCGAAGACGCUCACCUUGACCGAGGACUCGGUCUCGGGUUCCUCCGUCAUAUUGACCGCGCUGGCAUUCUAGCAUUUGUGGUUGAUCUCAGCCAUGGCGACCCCGUGGAGGAACUGAAGAAGCUGUGGCACGAGCUUGGAGAGUACGAGCGAGUGCGUGAUAUGGAUCCUGACUCUGCUGGAGAUGACAGCGUCAUUGACUGGAAUCCGUUCGGCAACAACGGUCCGGAACCUGAAAAGAAUCCCUUCAGAGAGCCUGGCAGUUUGACAUUAAACACCAAUCCUGAUGGCACUCUGCCUCGCUUGAUGAUGACACCUCUACAUCUCAAGCCUUGGUUUGUCGUGGCUACUAAGGCAGACUUGGAAAAUACCCAGGAUCAAUACCGGGCUUUGCAGGAAUACCUGUCGGCUGUGCAAAAUGGGUCAAUAGAGCACCCGUCUGGUCAUGCUAAGGCAUGGAAGGAAAAGGUCUGUGCUGUUCCUGUCAGUGCCCGAAGAGGCGAGGGUGUCUCUCGCAUUCCCAAGUUGGUCAUGGAGCUUCUGGAGUGA